AUGUCCACGCCAAAGCCAACGACUGCAACCACAACAACCACAACAGCAGCAGCGCCCAUCUGCACGGAUGGGGUGAGCACCUCUGCCAUCAAGCGGUUCAUGUCGCAGAUCAAGGAUUAUCACCCCGACAACUACAAGGAGGUGACGACGUACGAUGCGUGCGUCAAGCCCGUGAUCCACCGCACGAAGGAAUGGAAGUGUUCGUACAUCGAUCUGCUGCGCAGGACAAAGCCAGAGGAAGUGGGACCAGCCACUGUGUUCGUGUCGCACGCCUGGCAGUACAAGAUCUUCGAUGUCCUCACCACCAUGCUGGAAUACGCCAUGGAAGAAGAGAAGAGGCACAAGGAUGACGAUGGAACCAAGAAGGAGACGUUCUUCUGGUUUGAUCUCUUCUGCAACAACCAGCACAAGGAAUCGCUUCUGGGCCUGACGCCAGAACAGAUUGGGGCCCCGUUCAAGAACGCCAUUGCAUCCAUCGGCAAGGUGUUGCUUGUGCUGACGCCAUGGAACAACCCCAUCCCACUGACACGCGCGUGGUGCCUGUGGGAGAUCUUCUGCGCCAUCAGCCAGAGCAGUGACGACGUUGGAUUGGAGAUCAGGCUGCCGCAACGCCAGCGCAUGAAGCUGAGGGAAGCCCUGCUUAAAACUCACAAGGCAAUCACGAACAUGCUGGUGGAGGUGCAAGCAGAGAAGGCGAAAGCAUACAAGGAAGCAGACAAGAAGAUGAUCUUCCAAACGAUUGAGAACAGCGUGGGCUUCGCUGAAGUGAACAAGGCGGUGAAAGGAAAGAUGCGCACGUGGUGUUUGAUGAUGGCGAAGUCAUUCGUGGAGGAGAUGAAGACAGGAGACAUCUCCCAAGAGUUUGCACCAAUGUGUAACCGAGUGGGAUUAGUCAUGCAUGACUUCGGAGAGCACGAUAGCGCGGAGACAUUCUUUCAGCAAGCGUUGGGUGUAGAACUGCUCAUCUUCGGAGAGAAGCACCCCGACACCGCAACCACCUACAACAACCUGGGCCUUGUGUACUUCAGCAAGUGCCAGUAUGACCGUGCCAUUCACUACUACCAGAAGUGCCUGCAGAUCAAGCUGGACACGUUGGGGGAGAAGCACCCCGACACCGCAACCACAUACAACAACCUGGGCCAGGUGUACGACAGCAAGGGCGAGUAUGACCGCGCCAUCCACUCCUACCAGAAGUGCCUGCAGAUACAGCUGGACACGUUGGGGGGACAGCACUCGGAAACAGCUAGCACAUACAACAACCUGGGUGGUGUGUACAACAGCCAGGGCCAGUACGACCGCGCCAUCUACUACUACCACAAGUGCCUGCAGAUAGAACUGGACACGUUGGGGGAAGAGCAUCCAUCCACAGCAACCACAUACAACAACCUGGCCAGCGGGUACACCCGCAAGGGCGAGUGUGACCGCGCCAUCCACUACUUCCAAAAGUGCCUGCAGAUCAAGCUGGAUACGUUGGGGGAGAAGCAUCCCUCCACAGCAACCACAUACCACAACCUGGGCCACGUGUACCACAGCAAGGGGGAGUACGGGAAGGCAUUGACUGUGGUGCAACAAGCAGUUAGCAUCUGGCUGGACACACUUGGCCCGGACCACCCACACACCAAGAUGGGACAGCAAUCCUUGAUUGCGCUGCUUCUGCAACAACCUACUGGGCCAUCGACACAACAGCAAAAGUCCACCGCAACUCCCUCUGCUCAACAGCGACAACUCCCCACACAACGCAACCUCCUGCUUCGCUUCAUCUCCGCUCAAGCCGUCCACCGAUCCUCUGCGGCGCGUCGAAACCUGAUCCUGCGCUUCCUCUGCUCAGCACUGCAUGCACACAUGUCCCCAGCCUCUGCGGGGCGAGACUGA